ACUCGCCAAGACAGCAUGGCGAGUCUCCUGUCAAGUGGUGGAGGAUGAUAACUGAUUUACGCUGUUUUUUGGACUUGUAAGUUGGCUUUUACAGAUUCGCAGUGCCGUCGACUGCUUUCACACGAAUGUUUUUGUCGUUUAUUAAUGUUUUUUCUAAGCUGACUCUUGGGUGAUAGCGAGCCUGAUAAGCACCAAAAUGCAGUCCGUGAAGGUCGGCUAUUUGGCUUUGGUUGCAUCCAGAGCUCUCGGCUCAAGUAGACUUUAUUGUUCAGAGCUUGCUAAAGUAUCUGCUCGCUGUUUUGUCAGUCAGACUCGCUUUUGUCACUCGGAAGCGACGCCAGAAGAGACCGUAGUUAUUCGUGUUCCUCGUUACCUACAGAAGCGCAUCGAAAACGUGAAGCAGACUCAAAGCAAAAAUAAGAUCAACACUAUCAAAGCUGGGAAGCUUCUCAUCCAGAGCAGGAACCCAAAUAUGAACCAGUCUGUGGGAUACAUGCUUGGGAAGUUCGAACAGCCAAUUCUCAGCUCGAAGGGAUGGAAACACAACAAAUCAUUCGGUGACUACUUCACUGUUAACAACGUUAAGCCUGUUGCACCCUUCGUUGCUGAGAACCAGAAGAACGACAAUACACAGAAAACAUUGGCAACGUUUGAAAAACUCCACAUAUGCAAGGAGCUGGUGGAAACUUUGGAGAGUGUCAGUAUUACCCAUCCCACCAUUGUACAGCUGCAGACCAUCCCAAAGGUCUUGAGGGGUCACAACAUUCUUUGCGCUGCAGAGACAGGUAGUGGAAAAACACUGAGUUACCUCCUGCCUAUAGUUCACAGACUGCAGGCUGAUAAACAGGAAGAGAUGUACACUGAGGACACACACAAGAUUCGCGCUGUGGUUCUCGUGCCUUCCAGAGAGCUGGCUGAGCAAGUGGCGGCUGUGUCCAGGACUCUGUGUGCUCCGUUUGGCUUCCUGACGAGGACCGUGGGCGGUGGGCGAGGUGUAGGACACAUCAAGACGGUCUUCAAAGGGGAUCAUCCGCAUAUUUUAGUGGCCACUCCAGGCGCUCUGGUCAAGGCCCUGCAAAGACGUUGGCUGGAUUUGAGUGAGCUGAACUUCUUCGUGGUAGAUGAGGCUGACACUAUGUUUGACCCCAGCUUUUCUGAUAUGCUGGAGAAAAUCCUGCUCGACACAAACAUUGCAAGCAAUCCCAAGGAAACACAAGGCGUGGGUCAUAAGGCCCAACUGCUGGUGGUGGGGGCAACCUUCCCUGGUGGUGUCGGAGAAGUGCUCAGCCAGGUAACAGAUCUUGGCAAAAUGGUGGUUAUCAAGAGCAAGAUGCUGCACUACCUCAUGCCCCAUGUGAAGCAGACGUUCCUAAAGGUAAAGGGUGCGGACAAAAUCCUGGAGCUCAAUCAAGCCCUGAAGCAGAUGCAGCAAGACAAAAAAGGGGGCACUGCUUUAGUGUUCUGCAACAAGUCUUCCACUGUCAACUGGCUGGGCUACUCACUGGAAGAGAUGGGUGUUCAGCAUGUACGUCUGCAAGGGGAGAUGCCCGCUGCUGUACGUGCAGGAAUCUUCCACUCCUUCCAGAAGGGCUCGGCAGAUGUGUUGGUAUGCACAGACAUUGCUUCACGAGGCCUGGAUACAACCAGAGUGUGCUUAGUUGUCAACUAUGACUUCCCAGAAUCCCACACGGACUACAUCCACCGAGCAGGGAGGGUGGGGAGAGCAGGAGGGGCGGAGGACGGGGAGGUGCUCAGCUUCGUCACGCAUCCAUGGGAUGUGGAGCUGGUGCAGAAGAUUGAGACUGCUGCACGUAGGAGAACUAGUUUGCCUGGCAUGGAGUCUGAAAUACAUGAACCAAAGCCCAAAGCAGCGAUUGCAGAGGAAUAAAUAUUUUUUGUGUUUGUACUAAGGUGUUAUUUAAAUUGAAAUCUAAAAAUAUGUUGUUCAAAACAGUUAUAAAUAAACCAGAAUACAGCAUUCUGUUACGGCUCCACUCAUGUUUCUUCGCCCUCCAUGACUUUCACAUAAUGAACUUUCUGGAAAGAAUCAGUAAUAAAAUUGCUCAGUUUUGCUUCUUCUUCCUUUGGAGUAAAUGUCUAAUAAAUAUGUGGAAUUUUUACCCGACACACAUUCAGAUCUUCUUAACAAAGAUUAAUAAAACUCUAUUGUUUUGGUGAAGUGUGAUUUGGAAUCACUUAAUUCUGGUUAAAUGUUUAGUUCUCACACUUAUUAAAACCUGAAGUAAAGCACAGGUUUAAUGAGAAUAUGAAACAUUGCCCAGUAUGUGCUUUAUGUUGCAACAUAAUUUUCCUGUAAUUUAAAAAAUAAAAAAUAAAAAUGCUGUUAAAGCCUUUACAUACUGAUGAAAA